AUGGCCCAAGCAGUGAAGAGCAAAUAUAUCCUUGGUGAUGGAUACGAUUGGGACAAUUGGUACAAGAACAUCGAAUCGCCGAAAGAACCCGAAAUCUAUGAGAUCGAAGAUGAUGCUGAUCCUCAAAUAGUCAUGACACGUUUUGAGAUGAACAACAUAAAAUGGGGGAAGUUCUAG